AUGCCAUCCUCAGAACACGUCACAAAUCGCGGCCUCUGGAUCGAGUCCUUCUCACAGCCUCUCCGAAUUGUGCCCCUUCCAUUCCCAUCAGCAACUACCGGUUCAGUCGUCACGCAGAUACUCGCAUCUCCUAUCCCGUCCUGCGCACAGCUCGUUCACAAUGGCACUAUCAAACUGCCAAAUUUCCCGCUGCCCUGUGUACCCAAUCCGAACGCCAUCGGACGAGUUCACGCCGUUGGCAAUGACGCCGUGCGCGUAAAGCCGGGUGAUCUGGUCUAUAUCGACUCUACAGUUCGCGGGCGCGACGACCCAAAUGUGAUGAUCAUGUCUGGGCAUAUCGGCGGCCAGCUCGUUGCUGGGAAGAAGCUGAUCCAAGGCGAGUGGCGAGAUGGUACCCUGCAACAGUACCACAAGUCGCCUUUAGAGAAUGUCUACCCGCUCAAUGAAGAACGCUUGUGUGUCGAGCUCGGCUAUUCGACAAGCAUGCUAGCGGCCAUCCCGUUCUAUGCGGUCGCUGCUGGUGCGAUUUUGGAGGCAGCCGAUGUCAAAGUCGCGGAGACAGUCGUCAUUGGACCAUCAGGGGGCGCCUUUGGCGGACUCGCAGUUGAAAUUGCUCUGGCAAUUGGUGCCAAUGUCAUCGCUCUCGGCCGAAGCGGUGCAAAACUUGAGGCGAUGAAAACCAAGCUGGGGAGUCCGCCUCAGCUAAAAUGCGUUGUUAUGACAGGUGACAUCGAGGCCGACAUUGCCGCCAUUCUGCAACAGACACCGAAUAGCGCAGGGGCCGAAGUCUAUAAUGAUUGGACCCCCGCAGAGCUGAAAGGUCCUGCGCCUUAUCUUUCGGCGGCUGUACAAGUCUUGAAGCGGGAGGGUCGGGUUGUCCUCAGCGGCGGCUCAAGUGCGGACCUCCCUGUGCCCUACGUCUUUGUCGGGAUGCAGGAUAUUCAGAUUAAGGGGAAAUGGAUGUGCAGCAAGAAGACCAUUGAACAGGUUAUUCGGAUGAUCGAGCAAGGUCGGCUUAGGAUCGGGUUUGAAAGCGGAUCCGAGUUGGCCGAGUUCACCCUGAACCAGCAUGAGAAGGCGACGGAGCAUGCCAGGAAACAUGGUGGGUGGAGGAACUAUACUGUCUUUGUGCCCAACCAAGGUUAA